AUGUCCAUGGAUUGCGGGCAGAUGGAAGAAGACGUGUUACGAAAGCCAGGUGGGAAAACCGAUCAUGUGAUGGCGCGCUUUCAGCCCCGCACACAGACAUUGUAUUCCGGCGUAAUAUUCAGCCGUGGCCGUGGCCCCCAUUCUAACGCGAAUAUCGAGAACGCGUCCAGCAACAUGCCCCAGUCUGCCUUUCAUCACUCCCUCAGAACACCGCUGUUCAGCAUUUUCUGCCCUCUAUUGGUCAAUACAGACGUAAUGACACCUCGCCUCCCAGACCUCAUCGACUUGACACAGGAGGACUCUUCCGUUGCGAACAUCACGCCAGAGGGCUACAGCAAAUACAAACACGUCAAGUCUCCCCCAAUCAUCGCAAACGAGCACGCCAGGCCACACCAGAGAUCAAUACCUCGAGGAGUAACUGUUAGUAACAAUCGCGACAGAUCACGAUAUGUCAAAGCAGAGCAAGAGAUGAAUCCCCGGGGGAUCAAAUUACCGCCUAAGUCUAAUUUACUUCGUCUAAAGUCUCCUCCAGCCGCUGCAUUUCAGCCCUUGAAGUUAACCGAAUUGACCGAUUCGGAUGACUCAGACGACGAUCAUAACAGCCAAGAGGACGAUGACGAAAAUGAAGAGCGACUUGAUGAAGACGAAGAGCAGUAUGAGGAAGAUGAAGAGCAGUAUGAGGAAGAUGAAGGACAAGAUGAUUCCUUAGAUAAGGACGACGCAUGCGUGGACGAGACUCUUGCGAACGAAGACUUCGAGGAAGGCAUAACUAAAGACUUUACUAUUCUCACUGCGCACGGUGGAGAUGGUGGUAGUGUGACACGCACAAAAAACACACGCGUAGACCAAAAUGGCGAUCACCACACAGAACGGAAAGGAUGUCCAGAAAAACAUCGCGCAUUUAUAAAUAGACAGACGAGCCAGGGGCCUGGUAAAGCCACCGAACAAGGCUGCAAUGCCCCAACUGGUCAAAAGCAGGACGAACUAGUUGCCUUGAACACGGAUCAUGGUGACGACGGAAGCGAAAUGAGCGGCGAUGGAGAUGAUGACAGAAGUGAGGUGGGCGACGACGAGGGUGAUGACGAGCUACUGGUCCUUGAUCCCAAGGGCGAUAUCAUGAUCGUCGCGGGUGAUCAAUCAACUGGCUUCGCGCGAUUCCAAGUCAAGUCAUCUCGCUUAAGAGAAUAUACAAAGUGGAGGUCAUUUCUCGAUGGACAGAAAUCCAUCUUGCCCGAUCAACAGAACCGAGGAGAUCAAGAUGUCGCUCCCCCUCCAUCCCAGUAUAACGAAGAGGCAUGCCAGAACGCCCCAUCCGUCGCUAAAGUAGAGAACGAAGAAACCGGUCUAGGAUCCGAACCUGGUGCUAGUAUUGCAGAGAGCACUGUAUCGCCUCAGGUCGGUAGCCCAAGUAAAGGCCGAGGCACCGAUCCUUCAUUCCAUCUCGACGAUGCGGACCAAAUACUUCAGGCGAACAUUGAGGCUCAACACGAGGAGGCCACCUCCCAACAAAUGCGCUCAGGCUAUGGUGGCUGGUAUACAAAGACUUUCCUUGACUGGGAUGGCGACGAUGUGCACAAAAAGAUGGGAAGUGUAGGUGAACGCGUUGCACAUGCACUCCGUAACCCGAGCAACGGAGAACCAAAAUUGAUGGCAGAUCAAGCUCAAGAGCGUGCUCGAAAUGCAUUCAAUGACCAGAACGAUGUUUCUGCUGCUGUUUUGGAUCAUGAAGCUAACGAGUUAGACGAAGCCAACAAUGUCAGCAAUGCCAGCCCUGAAACAUAUACCCAAGAUGCGCAAGCUCCUGAACAUGAAACUAAAGCAGGACUCGAAGCGGAAGCGCAAGAAUCCUUCACCAUAGCUAGAAUAUCAAGUAACGGCUCCGAUACUUCGAAACCUCAAGCCAUCUACAUGCCCGACGACUGCCCGGAAGCCGUCGGAAUUACUCUACUCUUCAUGCACUUGCGGUUCGAUCUGUUGCCAUCGGCAAUUGAUUUCAGAACCAUUUACGAACUUGCUGUACACUGCGAGAAGUUCGGAACUGAAGGCCUUCUCAUCGACUCCAUUGGCCGAUGGAUCGAACGAUUCUUACCGAGGGCCCUUGACAUUGGUAACGUUCACUGGCUGUAUAUUGCAUGGGUUUUCCGCUUCAACCAGCUCUUUGAGGCACAUAUGCAGUAUUUUGUCUGCAAAAGUACGAAGACUGAGUUGAGGCUCAGCGCAUUCGAAGGCCAUGUACAAAAUUUGAUCAAAUUCGCUGCGGAGUCGCGUGAACACCUCGUGGAAAACAUACUAGGCGUUGCGGCGCAGUACAUGGACGAAAAUUUUUGGCACAGGAAUUACACUUGUUGCCAUAGUCGCGACAAACAGUUCUGCGCCGAACAUGCAUAUAUCUCAUUUGCAGUCAAAUUGCGCGCCCUCGGCCUUUGGCCAACCCCACCCGCCGCUUCCGCCAUUGAGAUCAGCCCAUCGACUCUCCGAGAAAAGGUCUUCGACAUCACUCUAAUCCCAUAUACUGAAGCCCACACCGGUUGUGCGGAUUUGGUGCAACGAUUCCAGGAGGACAUCCUGUUCGUCUCGUACGAUACAAAGCAAGAUAGGUAUAGUCAACACUUCUUCAAACCUGAUCCUUUGGGACGAUCAGACCUCCAGUCAAUGAUGGGGUCCUAUCUAUAUCAGUACGGCUUUGCUCCAAUGGAUUGGGGUACAACCUCGGUGGUCAAGUCUGCGAAACGUCGACAACGAAAGGAUUUGGCAGAUGAGAUGGUACAAAGGAAAUGCGCCCUGCGCGACCAUUUAUAUGACGAUGAAGACUCCGACUACGAAGUGACGUCCGAUCCCGAGUCAGAUGUAGAAGAACGAUUGGACCGAUAUAUGGAGGAAACAGACACAAUAUAUGAACUCCUGGAGGAUCUCCAGUACAUUGAUCAGGCAGGUAGGAAGAAGGCAAAGCUUGCCUAAUCUGCUCCGGCAAAGCUUUCCCACACGGAGCAGAAGAAGCAGGCUCAACCAAAACCAAGAACGACGAAAUUGCAGUCACUAGAGGAAGGUAACAAGGAGAAUGUUUACGCUGAC